AUGUCUGACGACCUCUUUGGUCCCCCAGACCCUUACUUCAAUCCUGUGGAGCCUACCUCCCUCUCUACCUUGGCCUCAGAAGGUGCUUCUCCACUUACCAAUGGCAGACACUACCAGCGUACGUUUGGCGAUACUCGAUUGAGCAAUUCGUUGGCUCUUAUUGCCUACCUGGCGCAAUGUGGGUUUUCAGAUGUCGAGUCUAUUCCAGCUGUUCUUACCAACCUUAAGAGUGCCAUCUAUGAGCUGCUUCUUCACUGUGUGAGCAUUGACAGAACCACAUAUACCCAUUAUAUCCAGCAGCUUCUGAGGAAAUCGGAGAUUUUGAUCUCUAGACUUAUUAUUCCUGCUCUUAAGAAGAUUCUGGAGAAGCCUGAGCUUGUGGUGAGCCAACAUAUCAUUAAGGAGGUACAUGAGUUGGUGCAUCUCUUGUAUGGGUUCACCAAUCCGCUUAAGAUCCCUGGUGUGCUUUCUGACGACCACAGUGUGGAUGGUCCUCAUGGGUUAAGGUUGUCUAGCUUCCAUACCACUACUCUUCUCGCAGUAGCUAGGAAGUUGCAGACGGCGUUGAAUGGUCAGAUCAAGAAUACUGGUCUUGACUUGGGUAAGGUCGUCGGUCCUAACAAUACUCCUCUUAACAUGUGGAACGAAUGGAUGUCCCAGUCUCUGCGGAUGGUUACAAAGCUAAUUGUCACUAUUCUUAAUAAUACUGUGCCUACGGCGACGGUGUUCAUCUACUUCAAGAGUCUUAUGCGUUGCAAAGGGUUGGAUAUUCUCGACUUGGAGUACUUUGACGAGUUUCUUUGUCAUUUCCAGAGAAUCAAUACUUUUGCAAAGACCCAGGCCAAUUCUGCUCUUUUUGAUGCUCAGCGUAAUCUUAUUCAAGAGCAGUACCUUUCUGUGAUCCGCUCUUUUCCUUGUCAUCCUCUAAGCUGGUGCACUGUCUCUCAGACAGUCAACUACUUGCAAGUUUACAUCGAUAUCUAUAAUGAUAUCUAUGACGAUAAGCUUUUAAUUGAGAAGCUUGCUGAUAGACACGAAAGUACUGUUGUGAAAAGGGUGGUUGACUCGGAUAACUUUCCAGAGGGCCAUUAUAUCAACUUCAUCAGCAGAGAAAGGCUCAGGUCGAAAGAAACGCCUGAUUUCGUCAAGUACUUUGAUGAGAGCCAGUCAAAAUCGGAAGAGCAGAAUGAAAAAGAGUACUUCAUUCCCAUCAGUCAGCCCAAGAACCCAGAAUCGUUCCGUAAGGCGUCUCAGAAGAACAUCAACUGUUAUCUCGAUAGAGACCCACUUCCAGGAAGCAAGAGCUCAGAACUCAGUCCUCGAACAGCACUUUUUGCUUCCAAUAACGCUGGAAGAGACUUACCUGAAGACCCAGCCUACCUCAAAGUGUUCCGCUUGAAUGAAGAAGUGGCUCACGAAGUAAGAGAGCUUCGAGCGAUGGUCGAAGACCAGAUAUUGCUCGGUCUCUCGUUCCAUUAA